AUGGUAGUGUUCAAUGGCCUUCUUAAGAUAAAAAUCUGCGAGGCUGUGAGCUUGAAGCCCACAGCCUGGUCGCUGCGCCAUGCGGUGGGACCCCGGCCACAGACUUUCCUUCUGGACCCCUACAUCGCCCUCAACGUGGACGACUCGCGCAUCGGCCAAACGGCCACCAAGCAGAAGACCAACAGCCCGGCCUGGCACGACGAGUUCGUCACCGAUGUGUGCAAUGGGCGCAAGAUUGAGCUGGCCGUCUUCCACGAUGCCCCCAUCGGCUACGACGACUUCGUGGCCAACUGCACCAUCCAGUUUGAGGAGCUGCUGCAGAAUGGAAGCCGCCACUUCGAGGACUGGAUUGAUCUGGAGCCAGAAGGAAGAGUGUAUGUGAUCAUCGAUCUCUCGGGGUCAUCGGGUGAAGCCCCUAAAGACAAUGAAGAGCGCGUGUUCAGGGAGCGCAUGCGGCCCAGGAAGCGGCAGGGGGCCGUCAGGCGCAGGGUCCACCAGGUCAACGGCCACAAGUUCAUGGCCACCUACCUUCGGCAGCCCACCUACUGCUCCCACUGCAGAGAUUUUAUCUGGGGUGUCAUAGGAAAGCAGGGAUACCAAUGUCAAGUUUGCACUUGCGUGGUCCACAAGCGAUGCCAUGAGCUCAUCAUUACGAAGUGUGCUGGAUUAAAGAAACAGGAAACUCCCGACGAGGUCGGCUCCCAGCGGUUCAGUGUCAACAUGCCCCACAAGUUCGGUAUCCACAACUACAAGGUCCCCACCUUCUGCGACCACUGUGGGUCCUUGCUCUGGGGCCUCUUGCGGCAGGGUUUGCAGUGCAAAGUCUGCAAAAUGAACGUUCACCGACGCUGUGAGACCAACGUGGCUCCCAACUGUGGCGUGGACGCCAGAGGAAUUGCCAAAGUCCUGGCGGACCUGGGUGUCACUCCGGACAAAAUCACCAACAGCGGCCAGAGGAGGAAAAAGCUCAUCGCUGGUGCCGAGUCCCCACAGCCUACUUCUGGAAGCUCACCAUCUGAGGAAGAUCGAUCCAAGUCAGCACCCACCUCCCCUUGUGACCAGGAACUAAAAGAACUUGAAAACAACAUCCGGAAGGCCUUGUCAUUCGACAACCGAGGGGAGGAGCACAGGGCGGCAUCAUCCACCGAUGGCCAGCUAGCGAGCCCUGGUGAAAAUGGUGAAGUUCGGCAAGGCCAGGCCAAGCGCUUGGGCCUGGAUGAGUUCAACUUUAUCAAGGUGUUGGGCAAAGGCAGCUUUGGCAAGGUCAUGCUGGCGGAGCUGAAAGGCAAAGACGAGGUGUAUGCUGUGAAGGUCUUAAAGAAGGACGUGAUCCUUCAGGAUGAUGACGUGGACUGCACGAUGACAGAGAAGAGGAUUUUGGCUCUGGCGCGGAAACACCCGUACCUAACACAACUCUACUGCUGCUUCCAGACCAAGGACCGCCUCUUUUUCGUCAUGGAGUAUGUAAAUGGCGGAGACCUCAUGUUCCAGAUUCAACGCUCCCGAAAAUUCGAUGAGCCUCGUUCCCGGUUCUAUGCUGCAGAAGUUACGUCAGCCCUCAUGUUCCUCCACCAACAUGGAGUCAUCUACAGAGAUUUGAAACUGGACAACAUCCUUCUAGAUGCAGAAGGUCACUGCAAGCUGGCCGACUUUGGGAUGUGCAAGGAAGGGAUUCUGAACGGUGUGACGACCACCACAUUCUGCGGGACCCCUGACUAUAUUGCCCCCGAGAUCCUGCAGGAGUUGGAGUACGGCCCCUCGGUGGACUGGUGGGCCCUGGGGGUGCUGAUGUAUGAGAUGAUGGCUGGACAGCCCCCCUUUGAAGCCGACAACGAGGACGACUUGUUUGAAUCCAUCCUCCACGAUGACGUGCUCUACCCGGUCUGGCUCAGCAAGGAGGCCGUCAGCAUCCUGAAAGCUUUCAUGACCAAGAACCCCCACAAGCGCCUGGGCUGUGUGGCAGCACAGAACGGCGAGGACGCCAUCAAGCAGCACCCGUUCUUCAAGGAGAUCGACUGGGUGCUCCUGGAGCAGAAGAAGAUCAAGCCGCCCUUCAAACCUCGAAUUAAAACCAAAAGAGACGUCAAUAACUUUGACCAAGACUUUACCCGGGAAGAGCCAGUACUCACACUCGUAGACGAAGCAAUUGUGAAGCAGAUCAACCAGGAGGAAUUCAAAGGAUUCUCCUACUUUGGUGAAGACCUGAUGCCCUAAGAAGCCGCUCCAAGUGGAGUUUGGUGAUGCUGCAAGAAGGGGUGCCGAGAAGAUUCCUAGUUGCCAGAGGCUCAGAAGGUCUUGAACUACUUCUCCUCCCCAGAGCCCCAACCCCUUGUCCACUCUCUAUUUAUUGCAUUCCCUUACCCCAGGCCACCUCCUCCCUCCUUCCACCUGGUGACCAGAAGGCACUCUUGGUUCUUGUCUCACCAGUAAUGCAGAAUCGUAUUGGGUCAGCAGUUGGCUGGACACACUGCCGUGUUUGGUCUGUUGGCAAGCCUGGUUCAACUCCUUGGGGCCUCCUGGCAGUGAAGCAACUUCACUUCUUUUACUGAAAAGAAAAAAAAAAAAAAAAGGAAACGAGACUACUCUGGCUCUGCUAUCGGACAUCGAGUCCCGACAAUUCUCGCUUCUCCUCCCUCCAGACCCCUGCCUGCCGCCCUCUGCCCUUCUGUCCAGGAGAAGAGACUGGUGCUUCUUCGUCGUGAGGGUGGGCACCCUUGAGGUGUGCCUGUGAAGGAGAGGGACUGGGAGGUGCACAGGUUAGCUACCUGUGUGGGUUUGCUCUGGAAUGGCUGUUUCUUGCUUGCUUUGGUUUUAGCUUUUGGGCAUGCCAAAGUUGUGUAAGCAUGUAUCUCAUGGAAGAAAUCACUUUUUGUGGAAAAGGAAAUUUGAUUUUGAACUCUAAUAACAUUUGAAAAAUAUAUUAUCAAAUUUUCUUUCUAAUUGGCCAAAAGAUAUAAAUUCUAGUAUCAAUACAGGUAGAUAUUAAAGGGCUAGCAUACAAUGAGAAACCAAUUGUCCAAGGUUUAUGCUAUUAAUGCUUUAGUGGCACAUGAGGGCUACAUGAAUUGAGAGACAAGGAAGCAAGUAAUGCUCCUCAUUAUUCAAGUCCUGCCUGAACACCGCGCUGAUGGCCAAGACCCUGGGUUCUAGCGAAACUUGGCCCCCAAAUUCUCUUUCCAGUUUCAUCCUAAGUUCCCAGCAUAAACUCUAUUUAUUUUCUGCAGUGGUGUGUUAUUUUUGCACACUUCUACAAAAUGGUAGUACUACUGUGUCGUGGUUUUUUAACAUUAAACAUGUAAAAUUAAAUAUGAAAUAUCUGCUUUUGGAACAAGCAGAAUGAGGCUAAACAUGGGUUAGGCAGAGGGUAUCAAGAGACUGAAGAGUAACUUCAGUUUGAAAACUGACAAUGUGGCAAGAUGUACUCGGAGUUUUGUUUCUGUGUGACAUGCAAUGGCAACUCAUGUGGACACUAUUUAAUGGAUGUGAUGUUACCUCCUGUAGAUAUGCUAACAGUGUUACAUUCUUUGAUUUCCAAGGGUUCUCUGUGGCUUUGUGUAUAUGUUUCCCGGAGGUCGUUUGACUAGCUAUUUUACUGAGCUGAUUGAGCAGGGAAUGGAAUCCAUUCCAACUGUUGCACGUGGAUUUCCCAGCUGCCCCUAAAUAUAUAUACUUGUGAGUGGCAAAGUGGCACUAAUGAAGCUUUUUGCCUUUUGUACAUUUGAGAUUUUUGUAUAUAGUGUUUGCUGCAAGGCCUGUGGAAUUAAUUCAUUGAAUUUAGAGGUAUCAACUGCUGCAUGUUCAGGCAUAUUAUAAAACUUUAGUCUAUGAAAGAAUAAUUAUAAUAAUGUCCAGGUGCAAUACUCUGUAAGUGUAUUGGUUCAAGUUACCGAAAGAUAAGGUGUGUUUCCUUCUAUCAUUUUUCGGGGGUAGUGGGGGGUCCUUUGUACUGUUUAUUUCAUUUUGAUUUAUUUUAAAAGAUGUAAACAUAUAUUAAGCUAUAUUAAAUCUCACGUACAGGUCUCCCGUGCUCUAUUAUGCCCUGAUAGAGAUGGGAAGAGAAAGGAAUGUUUUCAACGGUGGUCUCAAAGCUUGGACUGAGACUAGCUCGAGCCCAGAGAGAGUCGAUGUCCAUAUUUGCAUCUGGCUGGUCAUAGCCUUUGUUCCUAAUGAUGACGUUCAGUUCUCUUUUGUUUUUAUUUUUUAAAAACUCAGGUGUAAUUAUUAUCUGUUCUUAUAGUAAUUUCAAAUAUUAUGCUUUAUCAAUUUGUGUGUUUGGCAUACCAGUGAAGUGACAAAGAACAGUAGAUUAACUUAUCUUCGGUAACUUGACGUACUGGGGAGAGACUAUCUUCUGGAGUUGAGUACAAGCACAGAAACAUCUUCAUGGUGGCAUCAUCUCAUUUUUUAGGAAGACAUGACAAUACUGCCCGUCAUACUCAUGCGUCACUACUGCUCUCUGUUCUUCCUCUGCUUCUUUUACCGUGAGGAACUUCGAACGACCAAGCAAGCUCUAACUGCAAUGCCACAUGGCCUUGUCCAAGGGCUUGGUGGUGUUCCCAUGUCAGCGGGGGUAGGGCCCUUCCUACAGGACAACUGGCAUUUUUGCUGGGAAGUCAAAUAAUAACACAUUCCACCCGACAGCUCCAGGAGGUCAGUCAGCAGCUUGCCUGGUCCAGAGUCACCCCCUUUCAGUAUCCAAAGCCAGGUAGGCUGGGAUGCCUCCUGCUUGGGGCUGGAGCUGACCAAGUUCUCGCACAGGUAGAUUCUAAUCCCAUGUAGUUUGUAGAAAAAAGCUUGUGUGUUUCUUGAGGAUUCAUUGUUUCAUUUUAGUUUUCACAAGAUUUUGGCAGCAGACACACUUACAUUUCUGCCUAUUCUUUCUUAUCUUUCCAGCUCUUUUUUUUUUUUAAGAAAAAAAAGGAGUGCAAAAAAAAAAUGCCAAAAAAAUAUAUGAAGGAUAGCUGUUCUCCUGUGUUCUCUCAUUAUGGACUUUGUGAAGUGGAGACAUAAUUUUUUCCUCCAAAGGUGAAAAAGCAAUGCAUUCUUGCUUUUUAAAAAAAAAAAGAAGGCUAAAAAAAAUUACCUCUUUUUAAAUUAUGUGCAAAAUAAUUCUGGCUAAAUAUAAAAUGUAUUCAACUUUAGGGGUUUUUUUUGUAUUGUGAUGCUUUAUUUGUACAUUUUUUUCUUUUCUGGAUGUAAUUUUAAUCUCUUGCCAUUCAUUAGUGUUAUUUCAUUGUAAACAUUAUUGUGCCAAAUGUACUGUAUUCAAAAGGAUGUGAAUGUGUAUUGUUUCAGAACCUAAUAAAUACAAUGACAUUAAAUCUUA